CACACAGUACGCUUUUGUGGUUACGGAACGCGCCCCAAUCAAUGUGGUUAAAAUGAUUCAUACUUGCUUAUCAUUUGCAAAUAAUUAGAUUAUUCAUACCACAAUAGAGGUAGAUAGUGCCCACCUGAUUACUACUUGUGUUGCCCAUUGUGUUCAAGAUCACCUUUUUAAUAUACACUUGCCUAGUUCUAGUGCAACAAAUUACAUAUAUAAGCAAUGGAACCAAAUGAACCAGUUCAGAAAUCUCGACUAUUUCAAGUUAUAUCUGCACAUUUCUGUGAUGAAGAUACAAAACGAUAUGUUGUGUACACUCUGAAAGUAUGUCAUGUAACAAGAAUGAAGAUGGGUGUUUCAAUUGAAAGGAGAUACACACAUUUUCUGAAUUUAUAUAAUGGGCUGAUUGAGGAAUAUGCUGAUUUAAUGGCACCAGUUGUCUUUCCCAAGAAGGCAUUAACUGGAAACUUUGAUGACAAGUUGAUCCGCACCAGAUCAAUAGCAUUCGAAACACUAAUGCAACAUAUAAUGGGUGAGGAAAGGUUAAGAUCUUCUAAAUCACUGUUGGAAUUUUUGCAAGAACCUGAAAUGACCACUGCAAAGCAAUUGAUUGAACAAAAGGACUAUCCUGCUGCCAUACCAAUAUUGGAGAAUACAUUCAGAAUAUUGAAUAAUAUAUAUACAGACAGGUCACCACAAGUUUUGCUGGUGCUAUGCCGACUUCUUAGUUGUUCCUUUAAUAUACUUGGAGCACCCAAUACACUGAAGUGGGCGGAUUUGGCUUUACAUCGUUUUGAGGGCGUUAGUGAUAGUGACUUGCUUUUGCUGUAUGUGCCAAUAUUGUUUAUGUGCAAAAAAAUCUGGGUGCUGAAUGGCAGAGACAAGGCAGGCAUUGAACAACGUUUGGAAGACCUGAAACGCCAAGGCAUGACAUGCACUGAUAAUGUUACACUUAUGGAUACAAUUUUUAAAGUGGAAUUGAUACUCACUGGCACCCCUACUUGAAAAAUAUCAGUCUAUUUUUGUCUUUAACCUAGGCAAACCUUGUCAAUUAGUUUAUUUGUUCUAUUUAAUGCCAUUUCAAUCUAGGAGUAUCUCUAUAGAACAUUCUCUGAUUCUGAAGAAAUGAUAGUGUAGUAGAUUUUACCUUAGCUGAUUUAUAUUGUGAUAGUAAUUGGUUCAAUUACAUUUAAGGACAUUCUGGUUAUUUUUGGAAGUACUUAAUUUUUUAGUUGACAUAGCUUCUUGUGUAUAUGCCAAAAAUUUUAAUUACUAUGUGAUAUUAAAUUUAAAAGAUCUAGACAUUUGCGUUGUGUGAAUAUCAUAAAUAAUGUGGAAAUAAUUGUAACACAAGUAAAGCUUAUAUUUUAUCAAUAAAUAUUUAUGCAAAUAUUCAAA